AUGGGACAAAUUCUUUCACAACCAGUUACUGAAAAACAUUCAGAAGAAGGUCAAGAUAAAUAUUUAGCAUAUGGUUUAUCAAGUAUGCAAGGAUGGAGAGUUAAUAUGGAAGAUGCUCAUACAACUAUUUUAAAUUUAUCAAAUAUAGAAAAAGAUGAAGAGGAUAGUAAUGAUAGUAAGAAAUCACAACCUAAUUUAAAAGAAAACGAUGAAGAAAUAGAUCCAAAAACUAAAAUUGAUUCAAAUUCAAAUACACAAACUGAACUUAAUAACAACAAUAAUAGCACCAAUAAUGACGAUAAUGAACAUAUAGCGUUUUUUGGAGUAUAUGAUGGUCAUGGAGGUGAAAAAGUUGCUAUUUUCACAGGUGAAAAUUUACAUACAAUUAUAAAAGAUACAAAAGAAUUUCAAAAAAAAGAUUUUAUUGGAGCAUUAAAACAAGGAUUUUUAAAUUGUGAUCAAGCUAUAUUAAAUGAUUUUCAUAUGAGAGAUGAUGAAAGUGGUUGUGCUGCAACAUCAGUUAUAAUAACUGAAUCUAAAAUUUAUUGUGGUAAUGCUGGUGAUUCAAGAACUAUAAUGUCUAUAGAUGGAUUUGCAAAACCUCUAAGUUUUGAUCAUAAACCAACUAAUGAAGGUGAAAAAGCAAGAAUAACGGCUGCUGGUGGUUAUGUUGAUUUAGGUAGAGUUAAUGGUAAUUUAGCAUUAUCAAGAGGUAUUGGAGAUUUUGAUUUUAAAAAAACUGCUGCAUUACCUGCAGAAGAACAAAUUGUAACAUGUUAUCCAGAUGUUAUUAUACAUGAUAUUGAUUUUUCAAAAGAUGAAUUUAUUAUAUUAGCAUGUGAUGGUAUUUGGGAUUGUUUAAGUUCUCAAACUUGUAUUGAAGCUGUAAGAAGAGGUAUAUAUCAAGAUAAAUCAUUAAGUUUAAUUUCUGAAGAAAUUAUGGAUUUAUGUUUAGCUCCAACAUCAGAUGGUUCUGGAAUUGGAUGUGAUAAUAUGUCAAUUAUUAUAGUUGCACUUUUAGAUUAUACAAAAAAUGAAACUUUACAAGAAUGGAAAAAUAGAAUAAAAUCAAAAAUAGACAGCAAGGAAAAACCAGAAUCAUUUGGAGGAAUUUCAGUACCUUACAAGGAUUUAAAAACUUCAUUAUAUGGAGAACAUGAAAGUUUUAAAUCUUUUGAUCAUCAUGAUGAACAUGAACCAGAUAAUGAUGAUGAUGAAGAAGAUAAAACUGGUAUAUCUUUAAAAAAAUUAUUAGCUUCAAAUGCAGUAACAAAUGAAAAUGGUGUAAUUUAUUUAGAUACAAGUUCUGCUAAAACUUUAUUAGAACAUUUUAAUGUUCAAACUAAUAAUAAUGAUCAAUUAGAAGAAAUUCAUGGAGAUGAUGAUGAUGAAGACGUGGAAGAAGAAAGAAUUGAAGAAAUAGAAGAGAAAUAA